AUGCGGAUGCCUUGGUUUAAGGACAAAAAGCUCGAUAUAUCGGCACUAAGGGAUGAGCUCCAGAAAGUCAUGGUGCAAAAUAAUAGCGAUCCCAAAGCCUCUCCGUUCGUACCACGUUCGAAACUCAAAGAAUUCUGGGACGAUGCGCGCCUGAAGGCAUUCGCCGACAGAUACAACGCAUUCAAACCGGGUCAUAUAGAGCGCAUCAAAAAAAGCUACCUUCAGACGCUUUCCAUAUUGGUGGUGAGCCAAUGGAAUGAAUGGAGCAAAUUUCAGGCCCUCUUUCUCGAGACGGAGAAUAGAAGCGACGAUAAUAUCCCCGGGUAUCAUAUGGAUAUGUUGAUGGCCCCAACAUUUCUUGGGAAGUCAGGGUUCAACUUCUCUGUCCACCGACGCUUCUACUGUCCGAUUGACAUAGAAGAAGGCAAGCAUCGUGAACUGGAUGAGGGAUGGAUAUUACCUGUUAUUAAAAGGGAAGUGAUUGGGAACGGAGGGGCCGGCACUGUCACCAAGGAGCACGUUUAUCCCGAGCAUCUCUGCUACAAUGAUGGACGUAGUGGGCCCUGUUACAUUGCUCGUAAACGUCUCACUAGCGCCAAUAGGGAUGUUGACUUUGCGAAAGAGAAGAAUAACCUUGAGAUACUGCGAAAACAGCUGAGGAGGAAAGAAAAUAACGGAAUCAUGCCGUUCUUUGCGACUAUUACUAUUGGGAAUCAGUUCAAUCUUUUUUUCGAGUGGGCGGAUAUGGACCUCGAGCAUCUCCUGCGGGACCAAUCUAGCCGUAUCAAUUUUAAGGACUUGCUUGGAGAGUCUAGACGCCUGGCCGGUGCACUGGAAUAUUUGCAGGAAGAAUUGGACCCAGGACUUCGAUGUUGUCACAUGGAUCUGAAACCAGCAAAUAUCCUAGUAUUUAAAGGCCCCGAUCUGUCCAGUGCUGGGCACUGGAAGAUCUCGGAUUUUGGGGAGUCCAUCAUUAAGGCGUCUUCGGUCGAGGAGUCAGGCGAAACGUUUCGAUAUCCCCUUGGGCAUAAUUUGGAGGGUAUUUACCGAUCACCCGAGCUUGCCAGCAAUGGCAGCUUUGGGCGCAAAAGUGAUGUUUGGUCAUUGGGAUGUAUUCUUGUCCGAGUCCUUGCCUUUGGUCUGGAUGGCGAGAAUAAACUGAAAGAUCUGGACGAGAGGCGAGGGAAAAACAUGGAUGGAGAAACUGACUAUGACCAUAGCUUUUUCCAUCGCGGAAGAGAUCAUCCCAUUCGAAACCCUCACAUUGAGGCCUGGUUGAAUGAACUGCCCAACAGAGACAGCCCAGUCCCGACGCACGUACUGACACUCUUCCGCGACUUGCUCCUCGGGACACUUGAAAUUGAUUACAAUGAUCGAUUGACUGCCGCCGAUGUUAAAAGGCAAAUUCGACGCAUCCAGGAAGAAUUGUACUAUGUUCCUAUGCCCGAUAGCCUGGUACCAGUGCCGCCGCCGACGCCUCCAGAGUCACCUCAACCUCCUCCACCCCCUCGAACUCUACCGCGCGAGUCCUCAGAUAUUAUAAAAAGAAUCCUAAAGUGUGAAAAUGACACCCAAGAUCUACAGCAUCUGCUCAGAGCAGACUUUAAUAUCGAGGAGCUUGUUGAAAUGAACGGAGAUUGGGACAGGCUAUUGAUUCAUGCAAUUCGGUCCCAGCUCACUAAUAUCGUGGAUAAACUACUGGACACCCGACAAGAUGUUGACAAAGAGGGGUUAGACUCGGGAUAUAUGACCCCUCUGAGCCGUGCUAUUUCUAUGAAUAGUUAUGAUAUGGAUAUAAUUCGUCGUCUGCUACAGGCGAGGGUAAAUAUCAAUGCCGUUUCGGGAACGGGCCUCACACCACUUAUGAUUGCAACACGGUCCGGCCGUCUAGAUGUCGUCCGUGAGCUACUGAAGCACGGCGCUGAUUUUUUGGCAACUAGCAACGCAGGCUACACUUGUCUGCAUCAUGUCGCGUGGGCACAAAAAGAAGGGGCGGCUCUCAUUAAAGAGUUUACCAGGAACGACCGGAUACCAGUUGAUACUCCCAGCAGCCUGUCGAAUGAGACCCCAUUGAUUAUGUUGGUAAAGGAAUACCCAUCUCACAGCAACAGGAGGCAUCAAUUAGAGUGGCGAGCAAAGUUCGAUGCCUUUAUGGAAGCAAAGGCCGAUCUGAGCAAGGAGGACAAGAACGGAAUGAGUCCUCUAUAUCACGCCGUCCACCGUCACCUUCCUAGAGCUAUCGAUGCACUUCUGAGCCAGAGGGCAAGAAUGGGCUCCAAAUACCCACAGCUCGAGGACCCAAAUUGGGCCCCGGACGAGCCGACAAAACGGUUAAUAGAAAGGAACCUUGAGCUGCAACCGCCACCCAGGAUUGUACGUUGA